ACAGCCCUCCGAAACUCGUCAUCAGCCCAAUAUUAACGCGUGGAGCAGCUCUCGUCUGUAUUUCACUUAGAGGCGGAAAACUACAACUUCUGGGAAGUUUUUACAAAUCCAAAGAAGUGCGAACAUAAUUUGGAGGAGAUCGCCCUUUAAACGGCAGAACCAGACUUGAAGAGAGACAAACAAAAGGUGGAAGAGGGAGAGCCUGCUUAAAAUUUAGAUUCUUCCAAGGUUCACAGGCUUCUCAGGGGAUCAGAACCCGAUUAAAGAUGAACAAUUUCUAAACGGAACCAACAGGAGAUCCAUAGGAAGACUGUCCAUCCACCGUGACUAUAAACCAGCAGACAAAGAGCAGCGCUUCCCUCCCUUCGCUGGCAUGGACCAAGGAAAGAAAAUAACGUUCCCGUUGUUGAUGAGUGUUGGAACCGCUGUGAUUGGCUCCUUGCAGUUCGGAUACAACACAGGUGUCAUCAAUGCCCCGCAAAAGAUUAUUGAGAACUUCAUCAAUGAGACGUAUUUGGACCGCUACCAGGAGCCCAUCUCCAAAAGCCACCUCACAGCCAUCUGGGCCGUCGCCGUCUCCAUGUUCUCCGUCGGAGGCAUCUUUAGUGCCUUCUCUGUCGGGUUCUUCGUCAACCGCUUUGGAAGGAGGAACUCCAUGCUCCUAGCCAAUAUUUUAGCCUUCAUCUCAGCUGCUCUGAUGGGUUUUUCAAAGAUGGCAAAGUCCUGGGAGAUGCUCAUCAUUGGCCGUUUUAUAGUCGGCCUCUACUCUGGCCUCUCCACUGGUUUUGUACCAAUGUAUGUCGGCGAAAUCUCUCCAACAUCCCUGCGAGGCGCCUUGGGAACGCUGCACCAGCUGGGCAUCGUAGUGGGCAUCCUCAUCGCACAGAUAUUCGGAUUAGAGAUGAUCAUGGGUAACGCCGAUCUUUGGCCGCUGUUGCUGGGCUUCAUCUUCAUCCCAGCUGUCAUACAGACCGCCCUGCUGCCGCUGUGCCCUGAGAGCCCCCGUUUUCUGCUCAUCAACAAGAACGAGGAGAAUAAAGCCAAAUCAGUCCUGAAGAAGCUCCGAGGGACAACAGAUGUGAGCGCCGACAUGCAGGAGAUGAAGGAGGAGAGCCGGCAGAUGAUGAGAGAGAAAAAAGUGACCAUCUUGGAACUGUUCCGCUCUCCGCUCUAUCGCCAGCCGCUCAUCAUCUCCAUCAUCCUGCAGCUUUCCCAGCAGCUCUCUGGGAUCAAUGCUGUGUUCUAUUUCUCCACACGGAUCUUUGAAAAAGCCGAGGUUCCGCAGCCUGUUUAUGCCACCAUCGGAGCCGGCGUUGUAAACACUGCCUUCACCGUGGUUUCUCUGUUUGUUGUGGAGCGUGCAGGACGCAGAUCUCUGCAUCUCCUGGGACUGAUGGGCAUGGCUGGAGCUGCUGUCCUGAUGACCAUCGCCUUGGCUCUGCUGGAGCAAGUCAAGUGGAUGUCCUAUUUGAGCAUCGUGGCCAUAUUUGCCUUUGUUGCUUUCUUUGAGAUGGGACCGGGUCCCAUCCCCUGGUUCAUCACAGCUGAGUUGUUCUCACAGGGACCCAGACCAUCAGCCAUCGCUGUAGCCGGUUUCUCCAACUGGUUGGCCAACUUUAUAGUAGGAAUGAGCUUCCAGUAUAUAGAGGAACUUUGCGGUCCCUACGUGUUUAUCAUCUUUACCAUCUUGCUGCUCAUGUUCUUCGUCUUCACGUUCUUCAAAGUGCCAGAGACCAGAGGCAGGACGUUCGACGACAUCGCUGCAGGCUUCCGUCAGACGGCCGGUGGGGGAGCAUUUAAACACCCGGAGGAGCUGAACAGCCUGGGAGCGGACUCUCAGCUCUGAGUCAACAUUUGCAAACAUUUUAGACAAACUCUCUCUUUUUACGCAGCCCAAGCGUGAACCAGGAGGGUCUGCUUGUUAGACGUAUCUGCUGGUAGAACUAAUUUUAACUCCUGUCAUCCCAUUUCGGACAUUAUCUCCAGAGCAACCUCUUCUACUGCUUUGCUCUUAAACAAAAUAAAACCUUGACAGCCGAGGCGCCCCAAUGGGGGAAGAGAAGAGCUGAUGAGAUAUCAGGAGGAUUUUGAUAUUUUCAAAAAAAAUUUAAAGAAGGAAGAGAUCCAUCAUCACUCCACCAUCUUUUAAUACCAAUUUUUCUAUAAGUAUUUGACCGUAUGAACUUUGUGCUUUUUAUAGUGCACUAUCGGGUUAAUGAGUGCUAUAGCUGUAAAUGAGGUUCACUGUGCAAAAAUUCCCUUUUUUAUCGACCAUACUGUAUUUCUGUAGACUCCAUUACUGUUGUUGUGCUACUGUGUCCCUCCACCAGGUGGGGCUGUUCCCUUACAGAAGGGUCCCAAUGUUACAGUUAAAGGUCCUAUAUCAUGCUUUUUUUUAACCUUUUUUAAAGUUAAUUCUAGGCAUAAAUAUGAUGAAUAUCGCCGUAUGCACUGCAGAGUAUUCACUGGUUAUGAAUUAUUAGGGAAGCUGAAAGAAAGAGACACUGCCUAGUGGUUAGGGCAUAGGGCUUUGAAUCCUGACGUUGUUUGCCCUCUCCCACAGACUGCCACUCUGGGUCCCUGAGCAAGACCCUUAACCCCUCACUGCUCCCCGGGCACCGCACAAUGGCAGCCCACUGGUCCCCAAGGGGAGGGGUUAAAUGCAGAGAAUUCAGUUCAUUGCUCUGUACUUGUGACAGUGGAAUGACAAUAAUGUUGAAUUCUAUUCUCAUUGCUAAGCCACCUCUUCCUCUAAUACCCUUUUCCCACUGGCCAAAAAAACAGCUUAAACCCGGGAACAAUCGGCUUUUAGUGGCAGUGGGAAAAGCUCACUGAUGCUUGUCUACCCGGGGCAAACAACCUGCGUUGAAAUCGCCUCGGCUCCGAUCGGCCAGAGCCAGGUUUACCUGCUAAUCACGUGACACCAUUGAGCGCAAUGUACAGAUGCCGACAUACCACGCCACUCGCUUCUGAUCUAACAAGCUGAAACAAUUCUAUUUACAUUCAAUAAACAUGGCGGAGCUCUAGUAAGAGGGAUUCGGAAAGAAGAGCUAAGCAAUAAAGCACACUGACUACACCCUGGCUUCCUUACAUGUUUCCAUUAUUUACUUUCCUGAUUUCUGUCGCACUGGUGACAUCAUCAACGCUAACCAAGGGUGAUCGUGUCAUCAGACACGCAGAUUGACAGCGAGGAACUAGACCCAGCUUUUUUGCAACUGGGAAGGGAGCCAAAUGCAGAUUGUUCGCGGGUCGACCCAUGUUUGAAAAACACGAGUUAACCCAGUACUUUCAGUGGGAAAUGAGGCUUAAGAGUGCUGCGCAUUGCAUGACAAUUCUGCUAAUUAGCUUCUUUUUUUUUUUAGGAAGGCUGAACACAUUGCUUUACCUCUUACAGCUGAAAACAAAGUUUCAUGAGUCAAUUACAAAUCAGGAGAAUAGGGCGGAUUUGUUUUCUUGGGCGGGCUCAAAGAGGGUAAGGAAGGUGCUUCCUGGAGGGGACGGGGUAAAACAUCAUAGACCUACUGGUUUUUGCAGGACAAUGUGGGGCUGCAUCUUUGUGAGCAGAAUUAAUAAGGAUUAUCAAAUAAAGUGAAAUACUAAAUAUGUAAUUAAUUUGAUAAUAGAAAAGCAUUGUAACGUAGUUAAACACUUAAUUUUUGCAUGAUAUAGGCCCUUUAAAUGAAAUCCAAUUCAGUUACUGAUUAUACAAACUGCUGACAAGCUGUCAAUUGCUUUUCUUUAACUUAUUUAGUUAUCAAGUUUGGUUUUGCUCAUAGUGAUGUUUCAUUACCAAAAUAUUACAUUUAAUCAUUUUUCAUCAUUUUCUUGAAUUAUUUGUUUUACAAUUUUGAAAAACACUGGAGUAAAAUCAUAACCUAAUUAGUUAUCUACAGCCUUAAAACCAAAAAUGGGUCAUGCAUCUGAAUCGUUUGUAGCACCUCAGCCAUCACUGUACAUGUUUCAGGUCAGGCUGGCCUGAUCCAGACUGAAGAGCUUUCCAUUAACUCCUGCGUUGUUUAAGUGCUGUCUUAAAAAAGCCAAGCUUUUCAAACAGUCUGGAGCUGCACGCCCUUCCUCAGCGACACAACUGAUGUGGACCAAACUGAACGAGAGGAUUUUUGUUACCCUGAUCGUGCUCCACUGAGUCCAGCAGCCUGGAUGCUCGUUACUGUUCUGAAACCAGCGCUGAAUGUUGCAGAACGUUUCCGUUUUCAAUCUCUUUUUGUAGUCGUGUCUUUACUCUGCACAGAUGUAGGGGACGAAAUUUACCGAACCCAGUUUGCCUUUGGUGCAGUCGCUGUCUUAUCACUGCUGUAUCCCCUGUGAGAAACACUGUCCUUUCUGAACACAUUUGUUUGAGGACAAUUAUCACCUUAGCAGCACUUUAUUAUUCACCGUGAGACAGAGGCUGAGUCUGUUACCUUCUGAUGCACAGUUUACUUUCUACACUUUGUCGCUACAGAGAGACUAAUGAACUGCUGACAUGUUUUCAAAUGUUUCUUUUUCUUGUGUUUUUAUCUCGCAUAUCCGUUUAUUUGCACAGAUUUAAUGUAGUCAUAUCACAAUAAUGAAGACAUUUGGCACCAGAAGCACAACAAAAAGCUUUUAAUCAUUCCAUAACCAGCUUUUAUUUAUAUGUAAAUAGCAAUUAUUUUAGUUACACUUUAACAUCUCCACUCUUUGCCUCUGUGUGCCUUUCACUUGAUAUCACCAGCAACCUUUUAUAGUGAUAGCAACAGCUGAUGUCUAAUAAUAAUGUUAAAACUGUAUUCUUGUAUAUAGGUUGAUAGGUUUGGGCAUUGAUUUUUGGUAUGUAUUGUCCAUGAUACCUGGAUUUACAGGUGAAGGACACGCGGUGAAAGCAACAUUUAGACCCAAACAAAUAGUUCAAAUCCUUUCCUUUUUUUUCCUUUUUUUUUUUUUUUUACACUUAAAUUAUUAACAGUGUAGAGCAGCACAUUUUGCCUUAUUUUUGCGACUAAAUUGUUUUCAGCCUUCAAUACUGUAAUAACUUUUAGAUUUGCAUGUAAAGCGUUUAGAGUAUUGUGUAAAAAAAAAAAAAAAAAAACAGUUUGCACCUGAUAGCUAAAUAUAAACUGUGAAAGGUGAUGCUGUAAUUGUUUAAAACUUUUGGUUGUCAGGAGA